AUUAAAUUUUUUUAAAAAAAAAACACUUCUUUCACAGUUUCUUCUCGCGAAUUCAAUCCGAAGCAAAUAAGGAAAGAAAGAAAGAGAGUAGAAAUCAAGUAGAAAUCCAACAAAUCUCUCUCGGAUUCGAGCUAUUAUAUAUAUAUAUAUAUAUGUAUAUGUAUAUACAACUUGUUUGAUUUUUCUAUGGUCGGAGAAAAGCUUAAUUCAAUUCUCUCCUUUCCGUGGCGGGACAAAACCCUAACCCUAAUUCAUACCUGGUGCGUUUUCUAGAGCGAAGUUUUCUUUUUGUUCUCUUUCAUGGAAUCGGAGAAGCUCGUGCUGUCAAGAGAAAACCCUAGGGCGGCGAUUGGGUUUGCGCCGGAGCGGGCGCUGAACAAGGCCAUGGCCAAUGAGGUCGCUCAGAAGUCGCCGCCGUCGGUUCUCGACCGGUUCAAGGCUCUGCUGAAGCAACGGGACGACGACCUUAGGGUUUCGGCGGACGACGUCGUUUCGCUGCCGAGGACAGAGGAAAUUGUGCAGCUUUACGAGCUGGUCUUGUCGGAGCUCUCCUUCAAUUCGAAGCCCAUCAUCACCGAUCUCACCAUUAUCGCCGGCGAGCAGAGGGAGCAUGGGAAGGGCAUAGCUAGUGCAAUUUGCGCUCGCAUUCUCGAGGUUCCUGUUGAGCAAAAAUUACCGUCACUUUAUCUUUUGGACAGUAUAGUUAAAAAUAUUGGUCGUGAAUAUGUAAAGUGCUUUUCUUCCCGUCUACCUGAGGUAUUUUGCGAGGCAUACAGGCAAGUUCCCCCAAGUCAGCAUCCUGCUAUGCGCCAUCUCUUUGGCACUUGGUCAACAGUUUUUCCACCUUCUGUACUUCACAAGAUUGAAGCACAACUGCAAUUUUCUCCAUCUGCAAGCCAACAGUCAUCAAGAUUGCCCCCUUUAAGAGCUUCUGAAUCCCCUCGACCAGCUCAUGGAAUUCAUGUAAAUCCAAAAUAUUUGCGACAGAUAGAACAUUCGGCUGCAGAUAGUCUCAUUGCAGGGGGGACUUCAUCUCUGAAAAUAUAUUCUCAAAAACCUGCCACUGGAGCAAUUGGUAGAGAUGAUGAGCUGAGUAAGUGGCAGAGAAAACAGUAUCAUAAUCAGAAUCAGAUUGAAGCUCCUGCUCCAUACAAACUUAGUAAUGGGCGUGAACGUCAAGGACCAAGAGCUUUAAUUGAUGCAUAUGGAAGUGAUGAUAGGAAUACACCUUCAAGUGAUAGGCCUUUGCGGAUUGAGCGUCUUGGCACAAAUGGUGUGGACCAUCGGCCUUCUUCUAUGUCGUGGCAGAAUACUGAAGAGGAAGAGUUUGACUGGGAAGAUAUGAGUCCAACUUUAGCAGAUCAUGGUAGGAGUGAGGAUUUCUUGCAAUCAUCGGUGUCAUCCUUGAGAAGCUUUAAACCCAGGCCUGAUAUUCGGAACAGUUGGUCUGGUCAGGCUCAGCUACCUGCAGCAGAUGAUUCCUCCAUUGUCUCUGAAGAUGCAGUUCCUUCUCUUGGUUUUGGUCGUGGAUUGCUGGGUAAUAUAUCUAGAUUUCAGAAUGAGCCAAAUCAUAAUCUGGUUUCUCGUCGUCCCCAAGAACCCUGGAACAUGCCUCACCAACUCUCUCAGCCUUCCCAACACAUAAAUUCCAGAGGAAGAGUUUUUGUGCCAGCAUCAGUCGUGUUACGACCUCCAGUACAUGUACACACUUCCCACCCACUUCCCUUGCAUCCGAUUAUGCCAACGCAAAACCAGCAGGGUCAGUAUGACCGUAUUAAUUCAAGCAACCCUGUCAAGAAUCAAGCGCCCAGUAAAUCUUUAUACAAGAGUGGUGGACAGCAGUUUGAUAGUUUUGAGAAUAAGGAACUGAGUUCAACAAAGUUGCCAUAUUUACCUAUUCAGAAUGCUAUAGUGGCUCCUGUUAACCAGCAAAACCAAAUGCAAACUUUGCAACCACAACUUCUUCCAACUCAGGAAGGACAUAAGAAUUACCUUUCCUCUCUGGCAGCUCCUGUGCCUCAUCCAGUGAUCCCAAACUUAGGUCAUGGAUACAUAUCACAAGGACGUGCGGCUUCUAUUAGUACAGGUCUGACGAAUCCUGUACCUCUUCUACCCUUGAACUUAUCAGCCAACAAUAUCCGAAACAACUCUUUGAAUUUACAGGGUGGAGGUCCACCACCUCUGCCACCUGGACCCCCUCCCAAUUCAUUGCAAGCAAUACUUCCUCCUCACAAUGCUGAUACGGCCAUCUCUAGCGAACAAUCUGGGGCAUUCUCUGGCUUGAUUAACUCUCUAAUGGCUCAAGGUUUGAUCUCAUUGACAAAACCCAAUCCCGUACAGGAACCUGUGGGACUAGAGUUUAAUGUGGAUCUUCUUAAGGUGCGUCAUGAAUCUGCUAUUAAUGCUCUUUAUGGUGAUCUUCAAAGACAAUGCACGACCUGUGGCCUCCGAUUUAAGAGCCAAGAAGAACACCGUAGUCACAUGGACUGGCACGUGACUAAAAAUCGAAUGUCUAAGAGCCGGAAACAGAAGCCUUCUCGUAAAUGGUUUGUAAGUACAAGUAUGUGGCUUAGUGGUGCAGAGGCAUUGGGAACUGAUGCAGUACCUGGGUUUUUACCCACUGAGACCAUAGUGGAAAAGAAAAGUGAUGAAGAGAUGGCUGUUCCCGCUGAUGAGGAUCAGAAUGUAUGCGCACUAUGUGGAGAGCCUUUUGAGGAGUUUUACAGUGACGAGACAGAAGAAUGGAUGUACAAAGGUGCUGUCUAUUUGAAUGCAAUGAACGGGUCAACCACAGGCAUGGAUAGGUCUCAGUUAGGUCCUAUAGUGCAUGCUAAAUGCAGGUCCGAGUCUAGUGUGGCUCCCUCUGAAGGUUUCGGACAAAAUGAAGGGGGAGCUACUGAAGAGGGUAGUCAAAGAAAGCGAUUACGGAUUUAGUGUAGUUAGGCCAACUUCGAUUUGUUCUGUAACUUAUAUUGAGUUUCUUCAUGUUUAUGGUACGCGCUUAACUUGUUUUUUACAAUAGUGUUGGAGCUUGCCGUACCUUGGCAUCUUGCCUGAAUCUUGUACAUGUAUAGUUGGAUUUGUACCGUUCACAUCUCUAGCAACAAAGUUCACAUUUUUUUGAUGCAGUUUUGCGCGUAUGACAAUUUCUCCUCCUUCCUGACCGGAAACCCAGAGGCACAUUUAGGAUCUUUAUUGCCUUAACAAUUUCUUUAUUUUUCACCAUCUUCUGUUUUGAAGGAUCAUUUGGAAAAGCGAAGAUCGAGCUAUUGAGUUUUCUGGAAUGUGUAUAUUCUGGCAGUUCUUGCCUAAAGGCAUCUUUCCAUGGGGUUGCAUAUAUAGUGAUCGUCCAUUUCUGUAAAGCAGAUUCCAUGUACCAGCAAGGGUUUGCGCGUUCUUCGUGGCGCAUUAGAUUGAUGAUUGCAGCUUUAAAUUCGUGAAUUACUUAGAGCCUCUCCAAAUUUUAUUAUUUAGUUUCUUAUAGAAGAAAUGUAGUAUGUUCGAAUUGUAGGGUCAGGAUGAUGUAAUCUAAUUUCUUUUAUUUUCGGUAGUCAUAUAAUUUCUAUCAGUGAACAUAAUGUACUUUUGCUUCAUUCAAGCCUUGAUGAAAUUCU